AUGACGUCGUGCCUGGCUGUUGACAUAGCGGCGGUUGCCAUGGAACUGGACCGGUUUGCUUGGCUAGACCUGGGAAGACUCAACAUGGGGAUUUCCCGGGAGCAGAGAUUUCAGACUUGAGUAUGGAAAUGUAUGAGAUCCUUGGAAAAGUGGGAGAGGGAAGUUACGGAACGGUAAUGAAAUGUAAACACAAGGAAACAGGACAUAUAGUUGCCAUUAAGAUAUUUUAUGAAAAAACAGAAAAAUCUGUCAACAAAAUUGCAAUGAGAGAGAUAAAAUUCCUGAAGCAAUUUCGUCAUGAAAACUUGGUCAAUCUGAUUGAAGUCUUCAGACAAAAAAAGAAAAUUCAUUUAGUGUUUGAAUUUAUUGACCACACAGUUUUAGAUGAGCUGCAACACUAUUCUCAUGGACUGGAUAGUAGAAGACUUAAGAGGUAUCUUUAUCAGAUUCUUCGAGCAAUUGACUACCUCCACAGCAACAAUGUCAUUCACCGUGAUAUUAAACCUGAAAACAUUUUGGUUUCACAAACUGGAAUAACUAAGCUUUGCGAUUUUGGAUUUGCUCGGACGUUAGCAGCCCCAGGUGAUAUUUAUACUGAUUAUGUAGCUACAAGGUGGUACAGAGCUCCAGAACUGGUAUUAAGAGAUACAACAUAUGGGAAACCUGUGGACAUCUGGGCUUUAGGUUGUAUGAUUAUCGAGAUGGCCACUGGCAACCCCUAUCUACCCAGCAGCUCUGACCUAGAUCUACUUCAUAAAAUUGUGACCAAAGUUGGAAACUUGACACCUCACUUUCAGAGUAUUUUUAUAAGGAGCCCAGUUUUCUCAGGGAUGGUUCUUCCUGAAGUUCAGCAUCCUAAAAGUGCAAGAAAAAAAUAUCCCAAACUCAGUGCACUACUUGCAGAUAUGGUUCAUGCUUGUUUACAAAUGGAUCCUGCAGACAGGAUAUCAUCUGCUGAUUUGCUACAGCAUGAAUAUUUCACCAGAGAUGGUUUUGUUGAAAAAUUCCUACCAGAAUUGAAAAGCAAAUUACUACAAGAAGCAAAGCUGAAUUAUCUUUCAAAAUUCAGAGACAAUAACAAAGAGAUGGAACAAAUCAAAGAUGAAAAGAGAAUAGUUCAUAUUAACAUGUCUCAGAAUGGUCCUGUAACUGUAAAGGAAAUGGAAAAAGACAGAAAGUCAAAGGAGAUGAAGAUCAAAGGUAUUAAAGUGAAAGGGGGAAAAUCUGAAAUUUCAGAGCUUAAAAGAAAUGAACAAGAAGAUGCUGUUUCACAGUGGGUGACUUUGUCUCAGAAUGCUCUAAACUUACCUUAUGAGAACAAACCCACAAUUGGUGAUGGUACCAGCUUGAUAACAGUUGGCAUUGAUGCUGGUGGGAUGAAGGAUGAAGCUCCACAGACACCCUGUACAACAAUGCCACGGAUACAUCCAAACUGUGGAAAUCUUACUGCGAAUUUCAGUUCACAUUUCCUGUGUCCUAAUUCAAGACUUCAAGAAAAAGCAAAGAAACGGCGAAGUCCUUGGCCAUCAGUAGGACAAAUAGGUUCAAACAGUCGUCAAGAAGAUGGAGUUCUGACUCAAAACCAAAUGGAGAAAGUAUCCCUGUAUGAAAGAGCUGCUCAAAUUGAUCAAAUGGUGAACAUAAACAGGAAGAAACGCAACAUUUCAAGAUGUGAGAAAAGAGAAAUUCACUUGCCAGAACUAAAUACAACAGGGCAACAGAAAGAAUUGAAAGCAAUGGAAAGUAUGUUUGUUAUAUUCUACAGGUCUUUGUAAAUAUCUUUGUAUAUAUAAUUAUGGGCCUUACACCUGAUAUGUGCAUCUGUAAUUAUGGACUUUAAAUAUGAAGUAGCAUUACAUCAGAUUUAAAGAAAUAUUCCCAAAAAAUUCAUUGACAGUAAACAGUCUUUUUGUUUAGUACACAACUGGAGUAGCAUCUUUUCUUUGUAAAGGGAUGCCUGAAUACAAACUAAAUCCAAAAAUUAUUGGAAAUGGGAAAAAAUCCAGCUAUUACUGGAGUACAGUUACGUAUGGCUGACUUUAAGUCACAGCCAGCAAGCAUAUUUGCCCCCAAUUCAAAUGGAGCUUUAGUGUUUAUAUUUAGCCUUCAUAUUUCCCCAUUAGAAACAUUACUUGUGGUCCUCGACUUACAAUCAUUUGUUUAGUGACCAUUUGAAUUUACAACAAUAC